AGGUCACAACGAGGCGCGGAACGUCAGUGCGCGAGCCGCGGUGGCACCGUGGCCGCGGGGGCGCGCGUGUGCGGACUUGGAGCGCGUCGCGGGCCCAGAAGGCUGCAAACCCUUCGCCCUUUCUGUCCUUGUUCUUUUGCGAACUUCCGGGCUUCCCUGCCCUUCCAAGAAUCAUUCUUGAGUGGGGCCUGGGAGCCGGCGAACGGUCCACGAUGAGCUGUAAGGCAAAGAGCCUGCUGGAGGCGAUAAAGUUCUCAGGCAAGGCUCUCGGUUUUGACAGAAGUUUGGAAAAGGUGACUGUUGUUUCUGCUGUCCCUGGGAAAGUGAUUUGUGAAGUGAAAGUAGAAGAGCAGCAUACCAAUAAAAUGGGCACCCUCCAUGGUGGCAUGACAGCCACCUUAGUGGAUGUCGUAUCAACAUAUGCUCUGCUGUGCACAGAAAGGGGAGCACCCGGAGUCAGUGUCGACAUGAACAUAACGUACAUGUCACCUGCUAAAAUGGGAGAAGAUAUAGUGAUUACAGCACAUGUUCUGAAGCAAGGAAAAACACUUGCAUUUGUUUCUGUGGAUCUGAUGAACAAGGCCACGGGAAAAUUAAUAGCACAAGGCAGACACACAAAACACCUGGGAAACUGAGAACAGCAGGGUAACCUAAAGAAACUCAACAAUGAAUGUCCAGAGUAAAUCUGACUUGAACAAAUAUAAUUUUCAAAAUAAAUUAGCACAACCACAA